AUGCCUCCUAGGAAGAAAUGGUUCGGGUCACUGAGGCGUUUUCGUCACCGCCUAUCAAAGAAGCUCUUAGGUAAACCUGACACAUUCACAAACUAUCUGAAGACAUCACUACGCCCCCAGCUCGAGAAGGGCAUCUGGAACCGAAUUGGCGUUCACAAUCUCUUCUCCAAGAACCGCAGCGCGCAACGCGAGCACGUUGGUCCAAAAGGUCGUACUUCAGACCUCUUUCAACGGAAAGAUAAGGUUUACCUGGCGCUUGAGGCCCAGCGGUUGCAAUGGCAUAUGCCUCCACCAGUUAUCUGUCAUGAUCUACUUGAUGCAGCGGCGAGAGUAGGGCGUAUUGAAGAAUGUAUGAGAUACACUUUCAGAGACAAGAUGCUGUGCAUCGAAGCGCUAAAAGUCACGUCAUCGGUUAUACCACUUUACUUCAAAGGCAUGCUUCAUCAGGUUGACAAAAACAAUCGUAUGGCACUGCUAGGUGAUAGAGUUCUCGGCUUAGCUCUAUGCGAGAUUUGGUUCCAGACGGGAAACACCACUAGUGACUACAGUAAGAUGAGGAUUACAUCAGAAAGCAGAGUUGUUCUAUCUGCAAGAGGACAUGCACUCGGUAUACACAAUAAUCUGUUGCUGCAUCAAUGGCCAUAUACACCACCCUCGGACGAUAAUGUUGCCGAGACGUUCGAAGCUAUCCUUGGUGCUGUUUACUUGGACUCUGGAAAUAGCAUUGAAGCUGUCAAGAAAGUCAUCACACAAACCGAGCUUAAUACACACAAGCUCUUGAAAGCGAAUGCUCAGUCCCAAAACAAGCAAAAACGAAGAGAGCUUACUACCCUGCGAUUGACUGAACAGAAAGAACGAGGAAGAUUUGUUGCUGCCGAGGCUUCCCGACGGGCUGGGGCGGCAGCGUUGGUGACAAAGCAGGCAGCAGAGCAAGCAAAAAGGCAGGUGCAAGAGGGUGAUACGACAACUGAAGGACAAACACAGAACGAACCAUCUGAGACAGCUCAGACCGAGACUAGAAGCGAAGACCACACUGUGCUCACGUAUGCGGAGGCAUCGGAAGACUUGGCCGACUUCUUGAUCCGAUACAAAACAGGCAUAAAGGAAAAGGAACGAUGCAAGUCAGAUAAACUGAAGAGUCAAGUUCCAAACGAAGAAACGCCAUCGGAGAAUCGCGACCAAGCAUGCAUACCUACAAAGAAGGAGAUCUACAGGAGAAAACCGCAACGACGCACGGUAGCAACCGCCAGCGAGUUAUCGAAGGAGUGUAAUCCAUUAGACGACGUCUCAGAACACGAUGGCACGACAUCAGACUCUAGACAACAGCGUUCACCGGUAUCUCGUGUCGGGGAUCAAAACAAGGUAGAUGCCCUGCACAAGUCAGACAACCAAGAUACACAAACACCACUGCCGGAAGAAGGGACGACUUCCAAAGCUGAAGAUCAACCGCAACAGAAAAAAAAUGUGAGCACAGCUACGACGGAAGACACCCUGAUCUCCAACCCGUACAGGUUCCCUGUGGAGGCAUACGCGGAUUUGGGACGAGGGAAGUUACAAAGAAGGAGACGAGCAUGGCGGAGUGCGGUAAGUCAGAGUAUUGUGCUGAGGGAAAAGGGCAUAGAUCGAGAUGUUCGAGAAUUGUAUGAAUGGAAGUUGAACCAAUGGCACCUUCAAGAGCAAGGGGAAGGAUUGAGUGCACCAAAUGCACCAAACAAGGUAAUAGGGGGGUACGUAUCCAGAGAGGAAUGGAAUGGAAUGAGCCAGGCUGAAAGGAGUGAGAGAAAAGCUGAAAGGAGACAUCAAAGAAAGAUUAGGAGAGCUGAGAUGAGGGCACGAAACGUGGCCUUCCGUGAGACGAAGGGCUACGAGGAAGGCCCUGCAAAGGUGCGGCACCGGAAAGAUACAUUGGCUCAGCUCAAACCUAAUGAGGAGACAACACAGGCACCAGCGAGCUUGUUACUAGAGCCUCCAACUGCGGCGGCAACGAUAGCAGACUUUAUACCGGAGAACAUGAGUCCUGCAUCGAUAACGGCCCAACAUGAGAUAGCUACUGCAACCGGGUCUGGUGAAGCCGACACAGUCACAUCCACCGUUCCAGCUUCAACUCCAACCCAAGAACUCUCAAGCUCCCUGAAAAAGACCGACCCUCUUGCACUGAAGGCGUCUCAACAAGAGAAUUUUUCUCCUCUAUCGUCCGGCAAAAAUGGAAAAGUCCCAUCCCCAGCCCCAGCCCCAGUUAUAAAAUUCUCAAGCUCUCCGCGAGUACCUGACCGUGCAAAAGGCACUUCAGCGGCUAGCAAUAACCGCAAUAAGCCUAAUCUGGAGCUCUCAAGUUAUUUGGAAGAGAUUGGCUUUACGAGCGCUUCGACUACUCAUAUGGACGACGAUAAAGAGAUACAAGUGCGCACCAAGAAUGUCGACCAACUAGAAAAGGAUAACCUCAGCUCGCACAAGGCUAUAUGGCAAGCGGUUGGGACUACAGAACCAUUCAGGCAGCGCAAGAAACGCGUUACUAGUCCACGCAGGUCCUUACGAGAUUCUCUAGUUCUCGCGGAGCAACUGACUGGGCGCACCCCAGCAAAUCGUACAGCUAUGAGUGAAGAGGAUGCUGAGCCAAAGAACUGGAUGCAGGGGAGACCUCAACAAGCAGGUACCGAUGCGAGGCCAUUCGUUCGGUUUGACUUCUACGAGUCGGACACGGAGAGGUUCAUGGCAAACAUUACGCAAGAUGAUUCAGGGGUGUCUGAAACGCCUCGAUCAGAGUCUGGAAAGAAAUCUGGAUUAACCAAUCUAAGUGUUCGUAGAAUACCAGGAAGAUUGCGAGUUGGUGCAAAGCCAGGAGAAUUGCCCUCUUCGAAAUCUAAACCACAAGUUAUCCCAUAA